AUGGCUCCCAAGCGGCGUAGCGGUGGCAAGGUGGUCGGCUCCGUGGUGAAGACCAAGGUGGUGCAGGAGACCGUGGAGGUCACCACCGCCUUUGUCGCCGACGGCGAGCCGGGGCAGCGAGCCACGGAGGAUCUGGCCCUCGCGCCACCCGCCGUGGACGCCUCCGGCGGCUCCAGGAGUAGGGUCGUCCACAUCGAGCAGGCCACCAGCAAGAGAGGCCGUGGUGGCCGGCGCGAGGAGGAGAAGCCAGCGCCUCCUGCUGAAGAAGCAGCGCAAGAACCGCCCGUGGCGCAGAGCCAGGAGACACAGGACCCCAACGAGGAGCAGGAGGAGGAGGAGGACGCCGGCAAGAAGAAGAAGAAGAAGAAGCCGCCGCAGCAGGAGCUGCAAGACGAGGAGCCGCCGGAGACGCCGCGGGUGGCGUCGGAGAGGAAGACGGCAGCAGCAAAGAGGACGCCGCAGCAGCAGCAGAAGCGGGGCGGCGGAGGCGCUGGCGGCGGCGACAAGACGAAGACCACUAAGGCGAAGAAGGGAGGGCGGCGGCGGCUGGGGCAGGCGAGCCCCGGCGGUGAUGCCGGCAUGGGCGGCGUGGGCGGGUACAAGCGGUACGUGUGGCGCGUGCUGAAGCAGGUGCACCCGGAGCUGGGGGUGUCGGGGAACGCUAUGCGGGUGCUGGACAUGAUGAUGGCGGACAUGUUCGAGCGCCUCGCGGACGAGGCGGCGCGGCUGUCCAAGGUGUCCGGCAGGGCGACGCUGAGCUCCCGCGAGGUGCAGAGCGCCGUCAGGUUGGUGCUCCCCGGGGAACUCAGCAGGCACGCCAUGUCCGAGGGCACCAAGGCCAUCUCCAAGUACAUGUCCUACGACGCCUAGCCAGCUAGCUAGCUGACACGUUUAGCUGACACGCCUAGCCGAGGUCCUAGCGGUCCAGUCAGGUAGUACGUCUAGUGUACGCAGUGUAAUGUACAUGUACGUAUGUGUCAAGUGUCAUGUAAUGUACGUAGGAGCUAGCUACUGUACGUAGUUGGUCUCUGUACG